GGAUGUAAAGAUGACUUUCAUUCUCAUAGUCAGAGUGAUGGAGUAAAGUACUACUCAUAAUCAGUUGCAGAAAGUUCAAGUAAAUUGUUAUUUGUGGACAACUACAAAGGCCCAAUUCGAUUGUUAUCUGAAGGUGCAUAGAAGUAUAACUGAAAGUACGACUGAAGUUUGUCACCAGUGUUGGAGAUUAACUGAAUAAAGCGAAAGUUUGUUUUAUUUCAACAAGUCGAGUCCAGCAUUGAUUGAUUCAUUGUGCCUUGCGAAUAACAAUAGUUGGACAUAAGUAGACGAAACUCCUUCGUAGAAAGUUUUACGAAGGCAGUCACAAUAACAAUCGAACGGACAACUUGUGUCGUCCAGUCAGGAUCACGUUCAGAAAGUUCUGGAAUCAUCCAAACAUACUACUUGGAACUUUACUGCCCAAAAGUUUUUCAUCAUGGCCAACAUAGAUGGAAAAAAUCUAGUCAGCGAGGCUACACGUGUAGAUCUUCAGAGGACGUCCUCUUCGCUGCCAGAAAUGAUGGAUAAGUAUCCAAAACCAGCUAGGAGUCUAGCAAGCAGAAAAUCAGCCAAAAGCGAGAUGCUUAUUAAGGCCUUUCAGGCUGAACUUGAUGUUAUGGACAAAGAGGACAACAUAAAGAUUCUGCAAAGGGAGUAUGAACAUGCAAUGCAGCUGGAGAGAGCCCAGAUGGAGCUGAAACGGUUGAAGCUGCAGAAAGAACAUCAGCAGAAAUUAGCCGAAGUUGCAGAAUCAGAAGAUGAGCUCUCAAACACCAGUAUCAAGUUGCCAGAGGAGACGAAGGAGGAGUCUGUUCAAAGAUUCUUUGAAUCUCAAUCGACGGAUGAGGGCAAGAUCCAGACCCAAGCCCCACCAGUUCCAGCCACUCUGAGUGAAGUGAAGCAUGAACCAACCAACGCUUCACCAGGAAUGGAAAACGUGGUUGAGUCACUCGCCAAGGUAGCCAACAUGAUGAUGAACCAAAAUGCGACUAGUCAACAAGUAUUGGCAGCCAGUCAGUUACCAAAGGUGGAUGUUCCGGUAUUUAAUGGUGACCCAUUACGAUAUCCCCUCUGGAGAAAUGCAUUUUCAAGUUUCGUUGACUCCAAGCCUCUAGAUGCCGCAACCAAGCUUCAUAUGUUGCAUACAUAUGUUACUGGUGAACCAAAGAAGGUCGUGGAGCAUUAUCUUCUUCUUGGCACCGAUGAAGCUUACCUGAAAGCAAGGGAGUCUCUCGCCAGCAGGUAUGGCAACACCAGUGUAGUUUCAUCAGCAUUCAUGAAGAAGUUAAACACGUGGCCGAGAAUCUCAGAUCGAGAUCCAAGUGGAUUGCGGUCAUUUGCGGACUUUCUCCAGCAGGUCAGCGUUGCCAAGGUGACUGUUGAUUCCCUUGGCAUUCUCGAUUAUCCACAGGAGAACGUCAAGCUGUUGAGGAAGGUUCCAUUCUACCUUGAACGCAAAUGGAGAGACGAGGUGACCAAGUGGCAGCGAUGUGGAUAUGGCAGUUACCCUACCUUUGCCAGAUUUGUAGACUUCGUCACCAGUGCAGCAGAAGUGGCCAACAUUCCAGAGUUGGAAUACACCAGGUUAGACGAGACGAAAGUAAAGUCAGCACCUCCGAAAGGGAAGACCUUUCAAGGUCGGUCACUGUCUACAACAGCCGCACAUGGAAAGGAGUAUUCAUCAUGUCCUUACUGUGAUAAGGACCAUCACAUCGACGACUGCCCAGAGUUCAAGCAGAUCUACUUCAAGGAUAAGAAGACGUUCUUCUUCAAGAAGUAUCUGUGUAUGGGAUGUGGCCAAAGUAGCAACCACCUUGGGAAGGACUGCAAGCAACGCCGGGAAUGUAAAAGGUGUAAGGGAAACCACUUGACAUGCCUACACCGGCAGAAGAUAGAAAAAUCAUCGGCUAGCUCAAACUGUACCAACAUCUGCGAUCUUCCUGACCAAGAUGGAAAGGACCAUUGUAUGAUUGUGCCGGUUUGGGUGAGGCAAGCUGAUGAUCCAUCAAGGGAAUUCCUGGAAUAUGCGAUCCUCGACGACCAGUCCAAUGUUGGAUUUGUCUCCAGUGGUCUUUGCGACAGAAUGGGCGUUAAAGGACCUGAGACUGAUCUUAUGCUGACAACAAUGCACGAGAGUGCCCGCAUUAGCUGUCAAAAGAUAAGUGGUCUCGAGGUCUUGGACUUCCAAAAGUCUACAGUUGUCCAACUCCCGUCCUGCUACACCAGACAAGAGGUUCCGGCCAAGCGGUCACAAAUUCCCAAGGCAGAAGUUCUGAGGAAAUGGAGGCAUCUAGCACCAAUCGCAGAUGAGUUGAUGCCAUACAACCCGUCAAUUAAGGUUUCCUUGCUCAUAGGAAAUAACUGUCCUAGAGCGAUUCGACCCCGAGAAGUACUCGCUGGUGCAGAAGAUGACCCGUAUGCGAUGAAAACCUUACUCGGAUGGGGCGUUGUCGGCAGAGUAUGUCAGAGUUCUCAAAGUGAUGAUGCCGUCUGCCACAGGAUUCAGACAAGUGAAGGAUAUUCCCACUUGGUGCACUCAAGCCAAGCGAAGGAAGUGUUUGCACCAGAGUCUGUACUGAAGAUCUUGGAACGAGACUUCCAAAUGACAAGUCCAAAAGGAGCUCCACUUUCAGUGAAAGAAGCAAGGUUCAUGACAAUCUUGGAGAAUGGAAUCCGCAAGAGAAGUGAUGGACACUACCAAAUGCCCUUGCCCUUGAAGUCAGAUCAGGUGACCUUUCCUGACAACAAGAUUCUUGCUGUUAAAAGAUGGAGACAGCUAUCUGCCAGAUUCAGGAAGAACCAGAAGUUUCUGGAGGACUACAAGGCCUUCAUGGAUGAUGUAAUCACCAACUACGCAGAACGAGUACCAGAUGACUGCUUGAAGGUUCGAGAUGGCAGAGUAAACUAUAUUCCGCACACAGGGGUGUACCAUCCUCACAAGCCUGACAAAAUCCGUGUUGUAUUCGACUGUUCAGCAAAAUUUGAAGGCGUAUCCUUGAAUGAUCAUCUUCUGCAAGGUCCUGACCUGAUGAAUGGACUACUUGGUGUUCUGUGCCGAUUCCGAAAGGAAGAAGUUGCCUUCAUGGCUGAUGUGAAAGGAAUGUUCCUUCAGUUCUACGUAAAUGAAGAAGACCGGAACUUGCUGCGGUUCCUGUGGUAUGAAGGCGGUGACGAAACAAAGGAAGCUGUUGAAUACCGGAUGAAGGUUCAUCUCUUCGGAGCAGCUAGUUCUCCAGGAUGCAGUAACUUUGGACUGAGAAGGGCUGCAACAGAUGGUGAAGAAGAGUUCGGUUCAAGUGCAGCAGAGUUCAUUCGUAGAGACUUCUACGUAGAUGACGGUCUUAGUUCACGACCUACUGCGGAAGAGGCUGUGCAGCUGCUGAAAAACAGUCAAGCAAUCUGUGCAAAAUCAGGACUGAAAUUGCACAAGAUUGUGUCUAACAGCAGAGAAGUUCUGAAAAGCUUUCCAGCCGAUGAACGAGCAAAAAGCCUGCAAGACCUGGAUUUAGAUGUCGACAAGCUUGUGCUGGAAAGAGUUCUAGGAGUGUCCUGGAACAUUGAGAAUGACACCUUCAACUUCAGAGUGCAGGUGAAGGCAAACUCAUUCUCCAGACGAGGUGUUCUCUCAACGAUCAGUUCAAUCUAUGAUCCAAGCGGCUUUCUUGGUCCAGUAGUUCUUAAAGGCAAGAGGAUUCUCCAAGCUAUGUGCAAGCAGAACAUGGACUGGGACGAAUCUAUGACCGAUGAACAGCGUUCAGAAUGGGAGAAAUGGCUGCUUGAUCUCCAGCAUCUAGGUGACCUCCAACUCAAGAGAUGCUACAAACCAAGUAGGUUCGGCAAGGUCAAGCAGGUAGAAGUCCACCAUUUCUCUGAUGCCAGUCAGGAUGGGUAUGGGCAAUGUUCAUAUCUCCGUCUCAUCAAUGAGGAUGACAAAGUGCAUUGUUCAUUCGUAAUUGGAAAGGCCCGAGUUACUCCAUUGAGACCAAUUACCAUUCCAAGACUGGAGCUAACAGCAGCAACGUUGUCAGCCAAGAGCAGCACAUUCCUGAAGUCGGAACUGGAAUACGAUUCUGUGAAGGAGUUCUUCUGGACAGACAGUAAGGUUGUUCUUGGAUACAUAAAAAAUGAAGCCAGGCGGUUUCAUAUCUUCGUUGCCAACAGAGUUCAGACAAUCCGAGAGCAGACUGACCCUGAUGCAUGGUACUAUGUUGAUACCAAGGAGAAUCCUGCUGAUGGAGCUUCUCGAGGAAUCUCAUCAAAGGAGCUCACUUCUAGCCACUGCUGGUUUCGAGGCCCAGAUUUCCUGUGGAAUGAUGGUUUGUUUGCACCCCCAGGAGAUGAUCCAUGUACGGUAGAUGACCACGACCCAGAGGUGAAGCAUGCCUCAGUCCUGAGAACAGAAGCAACCACCAAGGUCAGUACAGGGCAAUUUGAAUCCAACCGUUUGAAUUGCUUCUCCAGUUGGCACUCUGCCAAGAAGGCAGUAGCCAGAUGUAUACAGCUGAAGACGAGUCUGAAGAAAAGGGCUAACCAGCAUACCAGAACGAGUUCUAGAUCAGUGGAAGCAACGAUCCCUAAGGUUGUGACAGUGAGUGAGCUGCAGGAAGCUGAGAAGGUCAUCAUUAGAGGUUUACAACAAGAAAACUUCCCGCAGGAGCUGCAGAUUCUUAAAGAACUAGAUAAGACAGGAGAAAUGAGUAGACAUGAAGUACCUACUCGAAAUGCGGCACUGAAGAAAACCAGUGCCCUCUUCAGAUUGGACCCGUUUCUAGAUGAUGACGGGGUGAUUCGAGCCGGCGGCCGGAUACAUCGCGCCAAUUUGUCCAGUAACAUUAGACAUCCAGUGAUUAUUCCUCGUAAGAGUCAUGUCACAACACUGCUGAUCCGAGAUGCUCAUCACAGGACCCAACAUAGUGGUAGAGGCAUUACUCAUAAUGAGCUACGUCAGAGAGGAUACUGGGUGAUAGGAGGAGUGUCUGCAGUUUCACAAUGCAUCUCGUCCUGUGUGACAUGUCGACGAUUGCGAGGACAGCCCCUCCAACAAAAGAUGGCAGAUCUUCCAGAAGAAAGAGUUGAGCCUUCUCCACCAUUCUCGUAUUGUGCAGUGGACUAUUUUGGACCCUUUCUUAUCAAGGAAAGACGGAGUGAAGUCAAGAGAUAUGGUGUGCUCUUCACAUGUCUGUCUUCAAGAAGUGUACACCUGGAAACUGCUAACAGUCUUAGUAGCAGUGCCUUCAUCAACGCGUUGCGGCGUUUCAUGAAUCGACGGGGUGCUGUAAGGCAUCUACGCUCUGACCAGGGUACAGCAUUCGUUGGAGCCAGAAACGAGUUGAAGGAAGCGCUGUCUGAAAUGGACCAGGAAAAGGUACAAGAGUACCUGCUUGAGAAUGGAUGUGACUGGAUACCAUUCAAGAUGAAUGUGCCCCAUGCCUCUCAUAUGGGUGGAGUUUGGGAGAGGCAGAUUCAGUCAGUGCGACGUGCACUAGAGCCAUUGCUGAAAUCAUCUGGGAGUCAACUUGAUGAUGAGGCCUUCAGAACCUUCAUGACCGAAGCAGAAGCAGAAGCCAUAAUCAACUCCAGGCCAUUGACGACAACCAAUCUAAGUGACAGUGAAGCACCAGAACCACUGACCCCUCAUCAUAUCUUGACUGCCAAGCCCAAAGUCAUAUUACCCCCACCAGGAGUCUUCCAGCGCGAAGAUGUUUACUCUAGGAAGUGGUGGAGACGCGUCCAACACCUCGCCAAUGAGUUCUGGCUACGAUGGAGGAAAGAAUAUUUGCAGGGACUGCAAGAGCGUAGAAAAUGGACAAGUACAGAAAAAGACUUAAUGAUAGGUGAUAUUGUAAUCUCCAAAGAAGAAGAGGGAGGACGAUACAAGUGGCCCUUAGCUAGGGUGAUAGAUGUUUAUCCUAGUGCUGAUGGUAGAAUUAGGAAGGUGAAACUUCUAAUGGCUGAUGGACAGUUAGAUAAUAAUGGCAAACGCCAGAGCCCACCAACUAAAUUCGACAGACCAGUAAAUAAGUUAGUUCUUCUGUUACCCAAUCAACAGUAAUUAUUCCCACUCAAAAUCCACAGUAGUAAAGUGGAAGUAUCCCAUUUGUCUCGCGAAAGACUCGGAGCAUUCCCCCUCAAAGAGCCAUUAUCUUUUACAUUUUCAUUUAUCAAUGAUAUAAAUGAUGCGUUUAAAUUGUUGUUUUUCUUUUCAUGUAUGGUUCAGUGAUAGUUCUAAAGGCUAGAAUGACGUUUUAAAGGUUACGUUAAGUGCAUUUUAGACUAUGUAUCCAUGAGAUAUAGUAUUCGUUAGAGUAUUCUUUAAGAUGAAUUUGAUUUAUGAUGUCGUAUCAUUUUUUAUACGUUACAUUCUUAAUAAGGUUUGUUUGUAGCAAAUUGGGUAAAUGUAGGUACAUUUAAAGGAGCCAUGUCACUACAGCAGUGUGUAGUGAUGUUAUAUUCUCUCAUCCAAUCUUCAUCCAGAGUCUGAUUAUCAAGACUAUACCACCAAAGAGGUAUAUGUUUCCCCAGAAGGUGUGACUCACCGCUAAUAGUAGAGUAAUUUCAUUGUUCUCCAACUUCUCUCCAAGAAUAUCUUCUUGGAUGUAAAGAUGACUUUCAUUCUCAUAGUCAGAGUGAUGGAGUAAAGUACUACUCAUAAUCAGUUGCAGAAAGUUCAAGUAAAUUGUUAUUUGUGGACAACUACAAAGGCCCAAUUCGGUAAGAACAUAUUUCAUAUAAUAUUGUUUUGAUAUUUAACAUGGUAAAUGUAUUGUAGAAUUCACAUUACUAUUUAAGAUAGUUUGAAUGUUUUUAGUUAGAGAAGAUUAUGUGUUUGUGUUAACAGAGUGUAAUACGUAUAUUGCAUAGUGUAAGAAAGUUGAUUUCUUUGUUGUACAGUUUAGUAUAUUUGAGGAAUAGUUGAAUAUACUGAUGUUGAUAGAUCUCAUAAUAUUGUUCUUGUAUAAUAUAUUUCCAUCUAGAAGUGCUAAGAUGUAAAAGGCUUUUAAAUACAAUGAAUUAGUUGGAUGUAAUUAUACAUAAAGCAAGAAGUCUAGUUUCAUUGGGAAACAAAGAGAGUCUGUUUUCUGCUAAUCCAGUAGAAGCAGGGUCUAUGAAUGAUUACUUUGGAAUGUGGCCCCUUUCACAUUCAUCCCUUUUUACUUUCUCUUUUGAGUAGAUAAGUUACUGCACGUUGUAAAUGCAGGGCUUGUUCACAUUUGUAUUUUAAUCUGGUUUAACUUUAAUCUUAAGAUAGAAUAAUGUUAUGCUGUUUCGUUAUAAGCUGAGUUAGUGUAAUAGUAGGAACUAUUACUAGUUUGUUUUCUUAUUAUACUCUAAUCAUCUCUAAAGAGUUACUUCUUUAGUUUCAUGUUUAACUUGUGAUAAUGUAGAUUACUGUUUGUACAUGGCCAAUUUGUUAUUAAGAACAAAACCAUAACUUUCGUGGAGAGAAAGACCUUUCCUCUGGGAGUGAUUUAGGGAGAAACCUUGAAUGAUUGACUGUGUUGGCAUGUAGUUAUGUUCACACGGCUAAUCUGUCUAUUGGACAGAAUACUUAGUAGUGCACUGCACUGAGUGAGUGUAGAUGUGUUCAUACAAGGAUUUAAUCGCCAGAUUAACUUUAUUCCUUGUAUAUUUUGUACUCUCUUAAUUUAGGUUAAUGUUAUAAGGUAUAAUAGUAGAAGUGUAUGUUGAUCUCUUAUAUUAGUGUCAGAUUGAUUUUCAUUUAAUCAUAUGUAAUUGUUGUACUAACUUAGAUUUAGUUAUUGACAUGAUUUCAAGAUGAAACAUUUGUUUAUUAUUGUUUGUUUAUUCAUUAUCAUUACAGAUUGUUAUCUGAAGGUGCAUAGAAGUAUAACUGAAAGUACGACUGAAGUUUGUCACCAGUGUUGGAGAUUAACUGAAUAAAGCGAAAGUUUGUUUUAUUUC